AGGAGAGGACAUGGUUUCCAUGAUGACAACUCUGUGGCAAGUCAUUAUUCCCAUGAUUGUCCUGUCCCACUUCUCAGCAUCUCUGCCAUCCCGGGAGAGUCCCCCCAGGAUGGAGCGACAUGCUGACGGGCUCUUCCACAGCGAGCUCAGCAAGAUGAACGGCAACGCCUACGUGAGGCAGCUGGUCAAACACCUGGUGGGCCUCAAGGAGAGGUCCCAGAGGCACUCGGAUGGGCUGUUCACCAGCGAGUACAGCAAGAUGAGAGGGAAUGCCCAGGUGCAGAAAUUCAUCCAAAGCCUCAUGGGCCGCAAGCGCAGCUCUCCUGGCCCGGUCAACACAGAUGUGCAGGAGAGAGAGGGAGAGAACAGCCCUGCAGAACUUUGCUUUCUCUGGUUGUACCAGAGCUUUCUGAACACCAGCCUCUCAGACAGAGAUGCCUGGGAAGCUGCUGCCAUCAGCAGCCGGUACGUUUGCCCCAUCUCUAAGCCACUGGUUGCAGACAUGAAGGAAGAUACAGAUGAUUCUGCCUGAAGGUGAAGGGAAAAAAACAGCCAAGGAGACAGCUUUGCAUGUGUAUGGCCUUGAAAAUAAACAGGGAAGCUCUUGAAUUUGCUUAGGAAAAACUUUUGAGAUUGGCAAAUAAAUAAAAAUAAUCGUGGAAAGCAGCCAAAACCCGAUGAAACCUCUUAGAUUACCCAAAGUGAAAUGUGUGUGGGUGUGAACUGCUGUCAGUAGAUGGAGCCUGGGUGAAGCACAUCCCUUCCACUGUGUGUUGGCUUCUGGCUGCCCGCUGCUGCUCUCAAAUAAAGAUUGGUUAGCUGUGCCUGUGCCUUGGCUCCUCUUCGGGAAACUGGAAGAAGGGUGGUACCUUACCCUUGGAAUGCAGGGUCUGGGGAGGAGCACUGUGCCGGGAUCCCCCACACGAGGCACGUUGGGAGUGCCCACCGUCCAGCUGUGCACAGAGUCAGAAUCCAUGGAGCAGGAACUCAGCCAGGUGUUAGAUUCUGUGGCAAAGAAAUGUUCUGAGAGCUACACAACAGAGAUACUCACUGUAAAUGGUAUUUCCGCUCCAUUCUGCCCCUGGAUUUGCUGGCCCAGCUUUCUCAGAGCCACUAAAGACAGAGUUCCACGUGGGGGAAUUUGUUCCCACCACUUAACGAGGUUUACAUGCUGUUGACAUGCAGAUCCCCUCCUCUGAUAGAACAGCCACUCCAGCUUUCCUGUAAAACCAACAGAUUCUGGAGAGCAGCUCUAAAAUAAGGAUCUUCAGCUGCAGUCCUGUGCCGAGCACAACCCUGCUCAGCCCAUCCUGCUCCAGCACUUUUCACCAUCUAUAAUGUACCUGACACCUGCAAAGGAGCCCUUCCCA